CUUAAAUGACAAAUUCCAAGACUAAAAUAUGUCAAAGACUAGAUCUAGAUCUAUUAGAUUCUAGAUUUAAUCUGUUGUUGGGUCUGCAUUAUCUAUAUAGAGUUUAGUUCAAGAUCUAUAAGUUGAUAAUACUAACAGGAAAUUUAAACUGAUUUAUGUAGACCUUUACUCUUCUUUACGAAUUGGAGAGCCAUGGAACCAGGAUCUUCAACUUCAAGCCAAAACUUUUCAACAUGUGAAAUGGAGUUGCUGCUGUGUGACUCAACUCUCAAGAGAGGCAACUCUGAUUUAGAUGCAUCGAAGCAGGAAAGGAAAAAAAGACGUUCGAGUUUGUCUUGCCACAGAAGGUCUAUCACAAGACCAUGUUCUCCUCCAGUUUUUACAGAGGGUCAAGUUACAAACAAUGAGACAAUUGAAAAUCAACCAGCAGAGAAAGUCUUAGCAGAAGGCAGCUUGCUGCCAAACCCAUCCAACUUAGAAAUGGAUAAAGUUAUCACAGACAUGAAGGCUGAAAUUAAAAAACUGGACCAAGAGUAUGAAGACUGGGCAAGUCUUUUGGCAGAGUUUGAACAGAAAGAAACACAGAGUAAAGAAUUGUCAAUGAAUCUGUCAUUAUCCAUGGAGGAUAUCCCUGAGGAUAUCAAGGAAUAUGCAAUGGCCAAUUACAUCCAAACCAAGCCACUUGAUCUGCUCGCCAUCAAGAACCAAGUGGAUCAAAUGCUUUUAAAAGCUCAGUUUGAUAGGGAGUCUUGCGUCAGGGAUGUCAGGCUGAUCCAACAAGUAGUGCAAACAAUGCAAGCUAAAAACAAGAUGAUGGCUUCAAAAUUAACUCAUGUUUUUGAUCAAGAUCUACCACAAGUCCUCAGUGAUGAUGUGUGCCGUGAUCCCAAAGAAUUAGUGUGCAGAAUUCUCAAGGAUUAAACAUAUUUGUAGAUUUGUAUUGUGACACUCGACAGGAUAAAAGUCAAUGUAAAUAAUGCACUGUAGCUAAUAUCCAGAAUGCCAAAUCUGUUGGAUGCCAGAAGUUGAGUUUCAUUGGGGGCUUGAGCUAUUCAUGUUUCAUUAAACCUGGAUUAGUUUGACACUAUCCGUUGAAAGCCUCCGCUCAUUAAAAUUAGAAAUAAACUUUGAAUGAACGGGAUGUCAAAAUAAAAAUUGUCAUGUAAAGUUUUUUCUGUAGAUAUUUUUUUUUUAAAUCUGAUAAUUGUUGCUUGUUAAUAUGUACUUAAAGUUUGUUUACAGAAACAAGAUAAGCCUCUUUCUCCUAUCAUGUUGGUCAAUUAAAAGGCAUGGAAUGAUUUUUUCACCUUCACCUGCCCCUUUAUCUGUUUAACCUUUGGGACACCACACUUGAUCUGUUGAAUGUCUCCAUUCCUCCUUGUCUUUAGCAAGGAUUGUCUCCCAUACUUGUCUUCACACCACUUUUUUUUCCUGCCUUUUAUUUUCCCUGCGUCUGCUCCCUGGUAAAAGUCUGUGAGGAGCUCAUUAUGUACCUUCUAUUCAUUUAGCAUUAGUUUAUGUUAUCAUUGAAAUGGUAGGAAAGGAAUUUUUUUUUUUUUGGGUGGUGUUAUUUGAGUAGCAUUUUUUAUUUGUUAAUGUUUUAAAAAUGAUUUACUUGCCUGAGUCAACCCUCUGAGUGAUGAUACUGUGGUGUAGGUUAGAAUUUAAAUAUCAGGCAUGAUGAUGUGGUCUGAGUUGACUGCAGGAAAGUUGAUUUGGAGUGUUCGAUACAUUGCCCUCCUUUAUAAAUCAAAUACUUAACAUCUGGACUGGCAUUUGACAUUGUUCAGGUCAGAAAUAAAAUAACUUUAUUUGAAAUUAAUUUGAAUGCGUGAAACUAUGCAAGAGUCUUCUAGCCCAUUGUGUUCUCGUGAUGUUCAAGUUUGUUUAUACAAUGUAAAUACAUGUAUAGAAUAUCUUUGUAACUGUAUAAAAAAAAUGUAUACAAAUAAUGUAAUGCCAUAAUUUUUUUUUGUAUCAGAAGAAUACAUGACAGAAACUAGAAGUGGUUAAUGAAAGCCUGUGGCUUUGUAAAGUUUUUUUUUUUUAUGUAAAUCCAAAUUGAAAAAUAAACUAGUCUAGCUACUCACA